AUGAGCGCAAACAUUGGUUUGAUUAAAGCCAAUGACAAAUGCUUUACAAACGAGUCGUACAAUUCUGGUCAGAUGGUGGUGUGUCCGCCAAACAACCCAUUUUGUUGUUACGAUUUGGUCGGUGUCUACUAUUGUUGUCCGCAACGUCAGUUGUACUCCGUAUUGACAACCGGUUCAAUAGUGAUGACCACAAUGCUUGCGUUGGCCAUAGCUAUUGCCACGUUUUUGGCAACGUUUGUCAGAUUUGAAUCAAUUGAAUGGUUUUCCGAAGAAUCGCGCGAUAUGUCACAGAACACACCCACCGACGGAGGCUUUUCGACAAUGUUUGAAACGGAUAGUCCAAAGAAAGAUGAAAAACAGUCGCCAACAACAACAACAACGACAACACCUCCACAGAUACUUCUUGGACCAGCAAUAUAUAGUCCCAAAUGGAUGGCAACAAAGUUAGGUGAAGCAAAAAGACAGACAACAACAGCUGAAACUUUGACGGCUGCAGUCAAGUCCGAAAAAAUUGUUGAUUAUAAGCCAAAAUGGGGUAAAUUUGAUGACAAUAACAACGACAACAAAUCUAGUGAUAAUAAGACGAGGACAUCGCUAGAAAAGAUUGGAUUUAUUAAGAAAAAUGAAAAAUCAAGCGAAAAGACUGCCUUAGAAGUGAAGAAAUUGAUCGACGAUUCCGACAACAACAACAACAAGAAGAAGGAUAGUAUUAGUAAUAUUAAUAAAACUAAUGACAAUAACAUCAACGACAACAACAACAACGAUAGGAAGAUCGUGAAGACUAAGUCGUCGACUAGUUUUCAGCAAAAUGUCGAGUCGUUAAAGAAAUCAAUAGCUAAGAAAUGA